GCAGAAACGCAUGUAGAACAACAUGGCGGAUCUUUCAGAACUCGUGCUGAAAGCUGUCGACGGAUCUGAAGGAAUAGACACAAAAGAUGUAGCCAAACAGCUAGGUGUAGAUCAUCAAAAAGUAGUCGGAGCCGUUAAAAGUUUACAGAGCUUCGAAGGUGUAAUCUCUGCUGAACAAUGUGUAGAGAAAUGCUGGCAGCUGACAGACGAGGGAAACAUAAUUGCUGAAAAAGGAAGUCAUGAGGCGCUAGUUUACUAUGCUGUUCCCUCAGGUGGAGUUGCCCAGGCUGAAAUCAUGAAGUCUGUCCCAAAUGCUAAAGUAGGAUUUAGUAAAGCUAUGCAGAAUGGCUGGAUACAGAUUGACAAGAAGGCUGAAGGUGGACCAAAGGUUAUGAAGAAGGUUGAGAGUAUCAGUGAUGGUGUGCAGGAAUGCCUGAAGAGAGUGGAUCAGGGCAAAGAUGACAUGACAGAUGCACAGAAAGCAGAGUGUAAGAAAAGGAAACUCAUCACAGAAGUGAAACUGACAAGCUACAAGCUUACAAAGGGACCAGCCUUCUCACUGUCAGUGCAGAAACAAGAGGUCGACUUAACACCAGAAAUGAUACAAAAUGGGACCUGGAAGGAGAAGUCGUUCAAGGAGUACAACUUUGAUGCCUUAGGUGUACCUCCCACCAGUGGACAUCUCCAUCCCCUACUCAAAGUCAGGGCAGAGUACAGACAAAUCUUCCUGGAAAUGGGUUUCACAGAAAUGCCGACCAACAACUUCAUUGAGAGUUGCUUCUGGAACUUUGACGCCCUUUUCCAGCCUCAGCAACAUCCAGCCAGGGACGCCCACGACACUUUCUUUGUCUCAGAUCCUCAGUUUGCUCAUGAAUUCCCGAUGGACUAUUUAGCGCGGGUAAAAAAAGUGCAUUCAGAAGGGGGAUACGGUUCUCAAGGAUACAAUUGUGACUGGAAAUUAGAAGAAGCCAAGAAAAAUAUUUUACGGACGCACACAACAGCUGUCAGCACCCGAAUGUUGUAUAAACUAGCCCAACAGGAAGAAUUCACGCCUGUCAAGUACUUCUCCAUCGACCGAGUCUUCAGGAAUGAGGCGACAGAUGCUACCCAUCUUGCUGAAUUUCACCAGAUUGAGGGAGUGGUGGCAGAUAGAGGCUUGACCUUGGGUGACCUUAUGGGCGUCAUCAAAGAGUUCUUCAAAAAAUUAGGCAUUGAGGAGAUCUGUUUCAAACCUGCAUACAACCCAUACACUGAACCUAGUAUGGAGAUUUUUGGCUACCAUGAUGGACUACAGAAAUGGGUUGAGCUUGGAAACUCUGGAAUCUUCCGCCCAGAAAUGCUCUUGCCGAUGGGAUUGCCUGAGGACGUUUCAGUGAUAGCAUGGGGACUGUCACUAGAAAGGCCCACCAUGAUAAAGUACAAGAUUGAUGACAUCCGGACCCUAAUAGGACCCAAAGUGGACCUUCAGAUGGUUUACACCAACCCUAUAUGUCGACUAGACAAGUGAAUGGACCUGGGACCACAGAUGUAGAUAACAUGUUAAUUUAUAAAUCAAUUCGAGGCUAUCACCAGUUGAUGGAAAUUAUACACCAUCAGCAUGUCAAGACCAAUUACAGUGCUGCUUGCUUUCCAUUCAUGUCUUUUGCCUGGUAUUAACAUUUCGUCACUUUCCAUGGGAUAUUAACGACCACAGCAUGAGGAGUAUAUAUACACAGUAGUCGUGUAUAGGUUUUCUUUUGGGUGAAGUGGAAUGCCGUUUACUUAUGUUUUAGUAAUUUGCAUACUGGUUUGUGCAAUAAACAUCAUUACAAAGACAUGUACCAAGGUGUCGUGUCUAAGCUUAGGUGACGUGUCUGAGCUUAGGUGACGUGUCUGAGCUUAGGUGGUGUGUCUAAGCUUAGGUGGCGUGUCUGAGCUUAGGUGACGUGUCUGAGCUGAGGUGGCGUGUCUGAGCUUAGGUGACGUGUCUGAGCUUAGGUGGUGUGUCUGAGCUUAGGUGACGUGUCUGAGCUUAGGUGACGUGUCUGAGCUUAGGUGGUGUGUCCCAGCUUACCGGGUAGGUGGUGUGUCUGAUCUUCAGUAUAAAUAAGAAUUUGAAUGUAACGGUACAGUGGACAAACCUUACUGGACUUGGUUUGUGGUUAUUCAGUGAAGGAAAAGAUACAUGUGGUAACCUACAGUCAAAUUCAGCUAAAAUACUACGAAUGGGUCAUAUUGUGUUAUUGCAAGACUUAAAAUACUGAUAUGAAGAUUUUGUAUUUAAGCGAGUUUCGCUGAUGAUCAAUUUUCAUAAAUGAAAUGUGGGUUUUUUUGUCAGAUUAUCGGAGGUUGGCAAUAAAAUCUGAUAUC